GUAGCCCCCUUCAAUGAUUGCACCCAAGUAAUGCUUGAGCUCUUGGCUGCAACAUUAGAGUGUGUUGAUCUUUGGUUCGUUGCUGUUGGAAAGUGAAAUUCCGAUCACUCGUUGGGCUAAACGAUACGAGAAGUGAACCUUCGAACAUAUUGUUGAUUGGCGGGAGAUUGCAUUCCGAACGUGCGCAUCAAGUAUAAUCGGCGAUCGAACCGCAGAACCUACCCAGUGUAUAAUUGUCUGGUGAUCAAACGGUAAUCCAAAAAAAAAAGCCCAAUUAAGACAAUGGAGUUACGUAUGUGAAAGGAAAGUUCUUGAAGACACACCGUCGUGAUCGUUUACGUAGCUCGAUCCUGUGGAGGUGCAGUGAAAUAAAUCGGCGAGAGGAGUGUCGUUCUUGAUUCGAAUGCCAAACAUUGCGACAAACAGGGUUUGCUUCCGUGGAAAUGAAGAUGGAAUAAUGCACAAAAAGAUAACAAAGCUGCCCAAUGCUUAUAGCUUGUGUUCCUGAUCGACAAUAGUAGUUUAAGAUAACUUCUCAAAACACUUUGGCGGUAACAACAAAAUGAGCCUGAAGACUCGGGGAAUCGUAUUUGCCACCUUCUUCGGCAGCUGCCUCAUAGUGGGUCUCACGGUGGCAGCACUGACCACCGACAAUUGGAUUCAAUCGGGCGCCAAGCGCACCAACUCAACGGAAUCUCAAGGACGCAUCCACUUUGGGCUGUUCAGCGGCCAAAAGCAUUUGAACGUUGCGUACGGCUGGCGCAGACACGAUAUCGAUGUACUUGCUGUGCUGCGGGACGAACCGGAUGUGAUGAGCUACUGGCUGUGGCUGGGGACGGCCAUUGGCACGGGCUUGGGAGCGCUGGGUGGAGCUGUUGGCGCUAUAGCGUCCGUGCUCAAAUCGUCCUCGGCAUCUAAGAAAACAGGAACAAUGUUAGUACUGUUUGUCAGUAACUUCUUGUCCGGAAUUUCCCAAACGCUGUCGUUCAUCUGCUGGCUGUUUCAGUUUGUACAAUAUCUCAAGCACAAUGUGCUGCUUGCUGAGGAUCGAAACAACAAUUGGUACAGCACGGAACUGGCCGCGCUCGGUACAAGCUUUUAUUUCGUCGUUGCCGGUAUCGUGGUGGUGGUGGUCAACAUAACCCUUCUGGUGAUAGCGGUGACGCUAGAAAAACGUGAACGAGAACAGGUGCUAGAGACACCCACCGACGAGAAGACGCAGGGAGCGAUCAUGUUGUAUUAGGUGGUUUGUGAGGACUUGCAUCAGAGUAGUCCCCAUGUGAAUAUUUUGAAUGACGUAACCAACUAAUGCUGAUACCAUUUUACUGUAUUACAUACUCCAGUUAACAAUCCCUUGCCCUGGAUUUGAUCAGGUAACGAGAAUAGGGUAAACUUUUUAUUAAAUAGUUGAGAAGCAAUGAAAUCGUUAGGGAAGUUACUCAUGCUAGCCAUACUUUGGAACUAAAGAUGAAUGAGAAAUGUGUUUUUAAUAUUUUUACUGAAUCCAAAAUUUAACAUUAAUGUUUAAAAUGAGCUUAUAGGUGGAACUGCCAAUGCGUGAAAUCGAAUAUAAGCUUUCGAUGGAUAUUAAAAUUUUAAAAUAAAUAUAUUUUAUCGAG